GGAACAGAUGCUUGGAAUGGUAUUGGGAUCCAAUUACUGCACAUUUCCAACCUUACAUCUAUUAUCUAAACUUGGAGCAGGCAUAUUUUUAUUCCUUAGUGACACUAUAUAAAGAGACAAUUGGCAUUGUGUUCACUGGCUGACUAUUUGGCAGAGAAGGGGUGGAAGAAGCAGCAGCAGCAGCAGCAUGGCUCCAAAAAAGGCAAAGAAGAAGAUAGAAGGUGGUUCCAAUGUAUUCUCUAUGUUUGAACAAACCCAGAUCCAGGAGUUCAAAGAGGCUUUUACCAUCAUGGAUCAGAACAGGGAUGGCUUUAUUGACAAAGCAGACUUGAGAGACACAUUUGCUGCACUAGGUCGUCUGAAUGUCAAGAAUGAAGAGCUUGAAGACAUGGUGAAGGAGGCGCCAGGUCCUAUUAACUUCACUGUCUUCCUUACUAUGUUUGGGGAAAAGCUGAAAGGCACGGACCCAGAAGAAACCAUUCUGAAUGCUUUUAAGAUUUUCGACCCAGAAGGAAAAGGCCACAUAAAAGCAGACUACAUCAAAGAAAUGCUCAUGACACAGGCAGACCGGUUCAGUCAAGAAGAGAUCAACCAGAUGUUUGCUGCUUUCCCUCCAGAUGUCUCUGGUAAUCUUGACUAUAAGAACCUCUGUUAUGUUAUCACGCAUGGUGAGGAGAAAGACUAAGAGGAAAGAGGUGAACUUCUGUGGUGAUGCACCAAGUUAUUUCAUAAUGCUUUUGUGUGCAAUACAAAGGGCUAAACAUUCAGUAUGUGAAGCCAUGUGGUCAUCAGAAGAGAACCAAUAAAACAAUUGAAAUUAGAUUAAAGUUAUUUAAUGCUCCUGUUUUUAUAAAAGAUGAAAAUACCAAUUUUGUGAGUUUUUUCCCAUCCCUUUUUUUUUUUUCUGUCAGUGGUUUGAAAUGGAAUUUUCCUGAUGAACUGGUGCUUUCAUGAUUUAUUGACAAUCCUAAUGUUCACCAGAUGGUCCACUGGGCACUGCAGUGUUGCUUAACCUCUUCUCUUUUAUACAUAAGCUCCAUGUGCUAAUUGAGAAAUCCUCUAACUUAUUGCACCAGGAAGAGCACUUGGUAAAUAGAAUUGUGUUCCAUUUCA